AGAACACACCUUAUCUCCCUGAGCCUGGCCUUCAUAAGUCCAUUCCAUCAGAGCAACAGCGAGAGAGGAUGGUUGCAUGCUUGUUUGGUCUGCGUGCUUUCUGGCUGCGCCUGGUUAUCUGUUGUCAGAUGGAAGACGCUGGGCCAGGUGGGCUUUUGUUUGAUCCAUCACUGCUCUUUUCCUCUUUCUUCCGAGUAUUUGCUGUGGCUGAAAGAAACCCAGUUGCAGGAGAAAGUGGAAGGAGCAGGGUAACAGGUAGCCCUUGCAGGGCAAACUGGUGGCCGUGGAAAACAUUGCCACUUUUGAAAGGUCUCCUAACACGCCCUCAUUGGAAGUGGGCACUGGGAAAUAGCUGGUUCCACCCUGAGUCUGGCAUACGAACAGAACUGUAGUUCAGGGGUACUAAAAGACAGUAAGAGAGGGCUUGAAAAACAAUACCUCCCCACCAAAUCUUUGCAGAGGAUGAGGGACGGUUACUCAUUACAUUAAAGCAGCAACAUUUGCAAGAUAAUACUUCUAACCUUGCAACUGAUUAACUUCAGUAGAGCAAGAGGAGGGUUUAGUUCUGUAUCCUUUUGAACUUAAGGUAUUUCUAAUAGAGCGGCCUCACCUAAGUUACGCCUUUCGUUCUUUGCAAGGUAUGGCCGGAAAAGUGCUUCCCUCUCACUUUAUUUAUUUAAUAUUUUGAUUUAUAUAGCCACCAUCUGAGCAGCUCAUAGCAAUUAAAAACAAUAUAAAACAAAAUAUGUUUUAAAAAAUUGUGUCCUGGAGAUCUCUUUAUAGGAUCCUGCAGCACAUUCUCUGAAUGUUGAUCCUUUGAUCCUUCCUCUUCACGCCAACAUGGAAAGGGUCCAGAGAACAAGCUCAUGAAGCUCGGCAGGGGAGGGCCUUGUUUUGUUCAUCGGAGGAACAUGGAGAUGGAGAGAGCUGCUCUUGGGAUCGCUGUUGUUCUCCACUUCGGAAGGGCAGGCUGAUUCCCCUCCUGGAAGAGAAAGGGACGAAUAUCCAUCCUCUGUUCUCUAAGAAGAUGGAGGAAUGGAGCUCGGGGUCCACCCCGAGGGCUGUGUACCUGGACGAUUUCCAAAGGGAAGCAUCUCCCGAGUACAGAGUUCUCCGAAGAAGCCAUCGGCAUUCCUCCUAAAGCGACGGAGGAAGAUCAGCCAAACUUGUGCUAAAGGCAGGGGACAGCUGAAGCUCUCCAUCCAUAUGCAAGGCAGAAACCUUAAACUUUAUGUCAUGGAAGCCAAAGGCCUGAUGGGGAAGGAGUAUCGGAUUUGUGACUCCUUUGUCAAGGUGUCCGUUGUGCCAGAUACAUCUCGGAAGUGCAGGCAAAAGACCAAGACAGUUCUGGGGAGUAAAAACCCUAUCUUCCACGAGCAGUUUAUCUUCCGUUUGCAGGAGGAAGAUGAGCGAAAGCGUCUCCUUGUCACAGCCUGGAACCGACCAAAGGAUUCUAGGCAGAGCAGACUCAUCGGCUGCAUGAGUUUUGGCGUGAAGACCCUGCUGGGUCCAGACAAGAAGAUUUGCGGCUGGUAUUACUUACUGGGAGAAGAUCUGGGCAGGACAAAGCACCUGAAGGUGGGCGCACGGCGGCUAAAGCAAGGCCAAGAGCUGACACUAGCCGAGCCGGGUGCGUUACUAAGGAAGCAGCAGCGGCAGCAGCAGGAAGAGGACACGGAGCAGGUCAAGAUUACAAUCCCACGUGGGAAGAAUGGGUUCGGUUUCACCAUCUGCUGUGAUUCCCCUGUCCGGGUCCAAGCUGUUGAUUCUGGUGGCCCAGCAGAGAAGGCUGGCUUGCAGGAGCUGGAUGCAGUCCUUCGGCUCAAUCAGCAGCCUGUGGAAGACUGGAAAUGCGUGGAAUUGGCCCAUGAGAUUCGGAACUGUCCCCAGGAAAUCAUCCUGCUGGUUUGGCGCAUUGUCCCGCAGGCCAAGCCCAGCCUACAAGGGGUCAUCCACCGUCCCUCCUGCAAAUCAGCGUAUGAUUUGCAGUCCCCACCCGCCAGGCGGGAGAAGAGCAGCAUAGGGAGAUCCCGGCCCCCCGAGCAUCGGCAGAGCUGCCACGUGUUGUACGAUGGGAACGAUGGGUUCGCGCUCAACGGCUGGGAGCGAUACACUGAGCUUGGGAAGGCUCCCCGGCAGCACACCAUGCCUCCGCCUUCCCGACCUUCCUCCGGUGGUACAGACAAGAACUACAUCAUCCUUGCCCCACUUAAUCCAGGAGGCCAGCUUCUGAGGCGAGUCUACCAGGAGAACAAAGCUCCUGAAGGUAACGUGUGCAAAGGAGAAUCUCAUGGCAAGAAAUCUCGGCUCAUGAAGACAGUGCAGACCAUAAAAAGCCAUGGAAGCAGCCCCCAGAGCUGCCCUCUGCUGGGGCCCCACAUCCCGCACUCCAGUUAUGGCACGUACGUGACGCUUGCUCCCAAAGUGCUGGUCUUCCCCAUCUUUGUGCAGCCUCUGGACCUUUGCAGCCCAGCCCGGACGCUGCUUUUAUCAGAAGAGCUGCUUCUUCAUGAGACUCGAAACAAACCAACUCAGGUGAUUCUCUUUGUUUAUUCAGACUUACUGCUGUUCACCCAGGAAGAUGAGCCUGGACGAUGUAAUGUCUUUCGCAACCCCCUUUACCUGCAGGAUGUUCGGCUGCAAGAGGAUUCCUCUGAGGAUCUGAAAUUCUGCAUUCUUUAUCUGGCAGAGAAGCUGGAGUGUGUGCUCAGCCUGCAGGCUCACUCCCGCGAGCAGAAGACCAGGGUGUGCUGGUGCCUGAUUGAUAACAUCCUGAAGCAGCAGCCGAGGACAACUCCAACAGCCCCCCCGGCCGAGAGCAAGAUGCUUGAGCCAGAAGCUGAGAAGCUAGGGGCAGUGCCAUCCGCGGGGGAGGAUGACAGCAGCCGCCUUGCCUACCCUGUGGUGGAGGACUCAGUAGUGGGGCUGACAGAGGAUGCUGUGGCAGAAGUCCAGGGUAUCCCUACGGAACAGGGGAAGCAGACGUGCCAUCUCGAGGGGAAGGAGCAGGAGGUGCCCUUUGCCAUCCCAAAGUUGCAGGUGGACAGUACUUUUAGCCAAGACCUGACAUGCCUCACCAGCCUCAAGCUCAGUGGCCCAGUGGAAUUGGCUGAUGAGGAAGAAGAGGAAGAAGAGGAAGAGGAGGACAGCGAUGAGGCCUAUCUGACCCGGGCGGAAAGAAAACGCUGCAGCUUGUUUGAAACGUCGGCGUGUAAGUCAGCUUGCAGCCUGAGUGUGCAGAACUCGCUGCGCCGUCGGACUCAUAGCGAAGGCAGCCUUCUCCAGGAGCCCCGAGCUGGCCACUGCUUCACCUCUGACACCAGCCUGAAUUAUACUGAGAUGCAAGGACCCACCCCUGGCUGGACGCUGCCUUCUCCCCAGACCCUCAAGAAACAGCUUAUGAAGAAUGGGGGCUCCAUCCACCAACUCACUCUGCUCUUUGUUGGGAAUCGGAAGCAGCAGCAGCAGCAGCAGCAGCAGCAGCAGAUGCUGGAUCCUGAAGGUGCUUGUGACUUAGGAGCAGCCCACAAGAUGAACAAAACAAUGGCCAAAGAUGCGAAGAACCGCCUGGGACUCUUUCGGAAGCGGAAUGAGGCGCUGGGGGGCCAGCCGGUGAGCAAGGCCGACAAAAUGACGAAGCCUCUGAAGCCGCCUCCUGAAGAAGCUCUCAAGUGGGGAGAUUCACUGGAAAAGCUGCUGCAACAUAAAUACGGGGUGGCCGCUUUCCGUGCUUUCCUGCACACUGAGUUCAGCGAGGAGAACUUGGAGUUCUGGCUGGCAUGCGAGGAGUACAAGCACAUCAAGUCCCAGUCCAAGAUGACAGCCAGAGCCAAGAAGAUUUUCACAGAAUACAUCGCUGUCCAGUCCUGCAAAGAAGUCAACUUGGACUCCUGUACCCGGGAACACACCAAAGAGAACUUGCAAAACAUCAGUCGGGGCUGCUUUGACCUUGCCCAAAGACGGAUUUAUGGCUUGAUGGAGAAGGACUCCUACCCCCGCUUCCUGCGCUCAGAGCUGUACUUGGACCUCAUUAGCCUGAAGAAACCUAGCCCUUCACUGUAGAGGGUGCUAGGUCUCCCUCCAGAAAAUUGUUGAGGAACAGUAUGUUUACAAAUAAUUAUCUUUUUGGUUAAGGGAUUGUCUGGACAAACGAACCUUGUCUUCCCACCCAAAGGGGCCUUGGGGUUAAAGAGCUAAUCAGCCUACCAUUUCUUCUUCCCAAGAACUUGCUUUUUUUCUCUGGUACGAUGAAGUCAUGGCAACCAAAGCAGCAAAGGAUCAGACACUCCAUCUAACUACUGUGAAAUCCAGAGCUUUUCUUCCACCAUGCUGUUCUGGAGGUGGCAGGGCUAUGAAGUCUUCCUGCACGCAGACCUACGUUGGGACCAGUGUGGCUUUCAUGAAUGGGAGGAUUGCCAACACUGCCACAUCUUCAUGAGACCAAGAGGGAGGGAGGUCACAUGCAGACUUUUUUGGGGGGGAACAAUAGCACCUUGGCAUGCUUCCUCUUGACAAAAAGCCCUUCUUAAUUGUCCUUCCCACUAACAGAUGUGGAAUUCUCCUGCUUCUCUUCAACUGCCUGAAAGGCAUAACCCUUUCUGGGUUUAUUUAUUGAAGCCUUCUAGUGGGAUACUUGAUAGGCUGUGUCUGUGAGAACGUCUCCCUGUUGAGUUUCUUUUUUAAUUUAAGUGCAAUAUUAUUUUUUAAUUACUCCUACUGCUAUUGUCUGUCUGUCUCCUGGUUUUUUCUCUGACCCUUGGAGUGUCCAGCAGAAUGAAUGCAAGUCAGUCCUCGGUAUGUCUUGUCCUUCAUUCUUUGGCCUUUAACAUUUGCUCCAGCAGCAGAUGUGUAACAAGAAAGAAGCACACUGCAUCUUGUGGCAACCGUGGCAUACUUCGUAGGGACUGAAAAACAGCCGCGUGUUUCUGUGCUGUGUCAUAGAAGGAUGCGCGAGACAGGAGCGCGUCUGGGUCUGUAUUCGUAUCCACGGGACUCUUAAUGUUGGGUCCAGAAAGAUUAAAUCUCCUCCGAGGAGUCUUCUGGCCAAGUGCCUGGUUUACGGCUCAAGCCCGUCUCUGCAAUUUAAAUACUUCGGUGGUGGUGGGGGUUUUUUUUACUACGUCAUGUCUGUUUAGAAUAAAGAGACAACGCAAGCUCG